ACGGUAUCUCUCUUUUUUCCACAAGUAGAGGAAUGUGUUUCUCUCUAUCUGUCUGUCGUCUGUCUUUUCUGUCUGUGAGCUGUGAGAUUGUUGUGAGCCAUGGGUUUGGUGAAGGAGAUGCACAAAAAGAAGAUUAUUAUCGGCGUCUUGGCUGUAUCGAUUGUGACCUUAAUCCUCGGUCUUGGACUUGGUCUUGGACUGGACUUGCAGAAAUGUAGAAACAAAGUUCCAGUUGUCGCCCACACGUCCUGCAGGAAUCGGUGCUACGAGCCCUACGACGGCGACGUCCCCGGCUGCAGAUGUGACAACAACUGUAUCGCCAGCAACAGCUGCUGCUACGACUACCACGACACCUGCACUGUCCCCACCCAGCAGUGGGAGUGCACCAGGCUGCGCUGUGGAGAGAAGAGGCUGACGCAGAGCAGAUGCCACUGCUCCGACGACUGUUUGUCUGCAGGCGACUGCUGCGUAAACUACAAACAUGUCUGCCACGGAGAGAAGGAGUGGGUGGAGGACGCGUGUGAGGACCUGUCAACCCCGACAUGUCCAGCAGGCUUUAAGCAGCAGCCUCUGCUCCUCGUCUCUUUGGACGGACUGCGGGCGGAGUACCUGCAGACAUGGAACGCUCUCAUCCCCGUUCUGGACAAACUCAAGAAGUGUGGAACGUCGGCGCCGUACAUGCAGGCAGCGUUUCCCAGCAAGACUUUCCCCAAUCACUACACCAUUGUUACGGGUCUGUAUCCAGAGUCCAACGGUUUGAUCGACAACACUAUGUACGACCCGGUGUUUGACGCCACCUUCAGUCUGUCCAGUCCAGAGAAGGACAACCCUGACUGGUACCUCGGACAGCCUAUCUGGCACACGGCGAAGCACCAGGGGCUGAAGUCUGGGACUUUCUUCUGGCCGGGAUCAGACGUCAAAAUCAACGGAAGCUUUCCGGACAUCUACAGACCUUUCAAUAGUAAAGUACCAUUUGAAGAACGAGUAUUCUCGGUGCUGAAGUGGCUACAGCUGCCAGAUGACGAAAGACCAGAUUUCUACACGUUGUAUCUGGAGGAACCUGAUAAAUCUGGACACAGCUACGGUCCCGUGAGUGGAGGGCUGAUUGAAGCUCUUCAGGGAGUGGAUAAGAUCAUCGGUCAACUCAUGAACGGCCUCAAACAGAUCGGCCUCCACCGCUGUCUGAACCUCAUUAUCUUGGCAGAUCAUGGUAUGGAGGACAUGAGCUGCGACAGGAAGGAGGUGCUGCAGGAUCUGGUGGGCAACAUCACGAACUACUGGGUCACCGAGGGACCUUUCGGACGCAUCAGGGCCAAAAAAGACACAGUGUUGGACUCAGCCGGACUUGUUGCUAACAUGACUUGUAAGAAGCCGGACCAAAAGAUCAAGACUUAUCUGAAGGCCAACCUGCCGAAGCGCCUCCACUUUGGCCAACAAGCCCGCAUUGAAGAUGUUAACGUACUGGUUGACCCUAAGUGGCUGUUUGAGAGGUACCCAGGAUCACUCACAUUCUGCUCUGGCUGGGGUCACGGCUAUGACAACGAUGCUGAGAGCAUGCAUGCCAUGUUUGUCAGUCAUGGACCAAAGUUCCUACAAACAGAAAUUGAUCCCUUUUCCAACAUCGAGCUGUACAAUCUAAUGUGUGACGUGAUGCAGAUCUCUCCCACUGACAACAACGGGACCCACGGCAGUAUGAACCACGUUCUGAGGCGGCCCCACUACAACACCCAGCGCCCCCUGCAGAGCAGAGCGUUCCGGUUCAGUAGCGGAAAUGCUAUCAACAGCCGUCUGAAUCUGACAGCAGAGGAAGAGUCCGCUGCAGAGACGAAGCACAUGCUGUUUGGUCGUCCCCGGAUGCUGCAGCAUCACCAGAGUUACUGCAUCCUCCACCAGGAGGGAUUCAUCAUCGCCUACAGCCACGAAGCCCUGAUGCCCCUGUGGAGCUCCUUCACCAUUGACAAGCCACACCAGGACUGGUUUGAGGCUGAUGUCAGACUACCAGCAUCCCAAAGUCCCAGAUGUGACCAGUACAACACUGCUGGGAACCUGACGCACGCCUUCCUUUAUUCACCCAAUCUGAAUGCGACGGCGGACCAGCAGUACGAUGCUCUACUUAUGAGUAAUGUUGUGCCAAUGUACCCCGAGUUUCAGAAGAUCUGGGACUACUUUCAUGGCACCCUACUAAAGAAAUACGCCUCUGUUUACAACGGCAUUAACGUAGUGACGGGCCCCGCCUUCGAUUACAACUACGAUGGCCAAUACGACACUCCAGACCAGAUCCAGCAGUUUGUCUCCAGCACGAACAUCUCGAUUCCCACCCAUUACUUUGUGGUGAUGACCAGCUGCAGGGACUCGGCCCUACCGGUGACCGCCUGUAGCGGCGAGCUGCAGACCGUGUCCUUCCUGCUGCCUCACAGACCCAACAACUCGGAGAGCUGCAAAAGCACACAAGCUGAACCUCAUUGGGUUGAAGACCUCAUGUGGUUCCAUCAAUCACGAGUCCGAGACGUCGAGUGGAUCACUGGAUUGGACUUUUACCAGGGCAGCAAUCGACCAAUCCCAGAGCUGCUGAGGAUGAAGACCCGCCCCACAGCCGCCAUUCACAGAAAACAAUGAAAUUGCUCUUUUCCAGAAAAAAACAAUCACCAAGAUUUUUUAUUCAAUAUCUGUGAAAGUAUUGUAGUAUUGAGUAAAUCUUAGAUUGUGUUAUCAACACUGGACUGAAGGUAUCAAUUAUCCAAUAGAGCUACAUUGUUUAUUUAUUUACCUUUCAAUUUAAAACUAUUUGUAUUAUUUAAUUUUAUUAUAUUUCUAUUGUCGUGAUUUUUAUUCUGCUGAUUUUUUUUUUGUAAUCUGUAUUCAAGGUGUUAUUUCAUGCAAAGCCCAAAUGAGACGAGAUUGAACGAGUAUUUACGUAGAAAACGUCAUUGUAAAUAAAAACUCAAAAUAAUCAGCCAUCACAGAUUUGGAUCAAUAAAUAAUAAAACAAUUUUUGCACGUUUU